UGAGAUCGACUUUUGGCAUGUGACCUAAGUAAUACCUCAGACUCGGGUAUGGCAGCCCCACCAACGCUGGCCACCCCUGCCGUCGUUUUCUCUUCUCUACCACCAUGAGUCUUUUCUUUGACUCGCCCUUUUCCGUCCAUGCUGCCUUCAUCGUCAGGGAAGAUGCCGAGCAGUCAGACGACACUGUCCUUGUCGGUCACGACCUCUGGGAUGCAUUAUCCAAUCAAGACGCGUCGUCAACCUACAGAAUCGGUGUAUCGAUAUCGAGUCUCGUCAAGCGCACCUCGGGAUCCCAGAUUUCACUUUCAGCUGUCUCAUGCUGGGCUGUUCUCGACGACAACAUCACAGCGGGACAAAUAGCUAUUCCUCAAGCAUGGAUCAGCAUAUAUCCUCGUGUUUUUUACCCCUCUAUGCGGAAGCCAUCCAGUCCACCCUGCCUUUCCGUCUCGCCGGUUCAUCUACUACCUCUCACGGAAGUCUUUGUUACUGCAUUAUCUCAAGAAGCCUAUGACAUGGCCCAAGCUCACCAGACGCAGCUCGAAACUUGGUUUUCCCAAGGGCAUAAGAUCCUGCGACAAGGUACAGUGUACACAUGUAACGCCAAUAGCCUAGGACGCGUGAAUGGCUACAUCAACCACGAAAUGAAGUCGCUCAAGUAUCGUCUAGACACGUUGGAGCCCGUCUUGCAAGGAUUUUCAGACAAAGGGCAUACCGCCUUCGUUAUAUGUCCGUUAGCAGACGAGAAUCUUGACCCCACUGCGUCGGAAUCCGAAGAAAGCACAGAUUUAGAGAGAAUAGAAAUUGGCGAAGAUUUCUUAGCAAGUUCGGCGGGUCUCUCUUUCGAUUUCCCCUCCGAUACAGAAAUUGAGUUUGAAGACCAUCUUGACAAUAUGCACUGUAGCGGACAACACCACUCUUCACCUCAAUCUACGUUUCAUGUUAAACCAUUAUUGGAGCCAAUCCAAGAGCGCCUGGAUGACUACACUCUUUAUAUCCGAACAUCCGAUCUUGGUCGCGUCGGUGUCCUCAACGGCGAGUGGGCCGUAGUACAUUUGGCAGGCUCUUCAAAAUAUCGCCUUGUUAGGGUUGUUGCCGAUGACAGCAUAAUCUCUUCAACUGGUUGUGCUCUAGGCUCCUCCGUCCUCCUCCAUAACAUUUGCGGAGAAUCUAGUCCUUCACUAUCAUCCACUAUCCAGCUUCAUCCUAGCCCUUUCGGUUCAGGGAGACCCACAAUACCCGUCGCCCGAUCUAUAACUGUUGCUCGGGUGGCCUCACCCAUAUCAGUGGAUCGCACAUAUCAGACCCUAUUUGUGACCGCUUUACAACGUCAUUUCGAGGGCGCACCGACUUUGGUUAAAGCAGGAGACAUAAUUGCCGUUGCUCUGAAUACCGACGAUCAAUAUGACAAUGCGGAGUGUGACAGAUACCCAUUAUCAGAUUCUGCACCGGGCCGUGCAAAUGAGGCGGUCUUCUUCGUGCUAACCAACAUUGACCACGACGUAAUAUCUAACGAGGCAGUUUCUCUAUCACCGGACGCUUAUGCCGGGGCAACACUCGGCGAACUGGGAUGCUGGUUCGAUUCUUCUGUGACGCGCAUGGUACAAACCGGAGUGGAACAUUGUCGGGUACCGGACGCUUCUGCAUAUCUUGGCUUAGAUGUUCAACCAAAAGCUUUAUCGUACCCUACCAUCUCUGAUCCAGAUUCUUCCUUUGGAAAACUAUUCUCUAUUGCAUCAGUGGUACUGGGGAAGCACAGCGUCUCUUAUAAUCUUCCCCUCUCUUUUCUGCUUAGUGGCGCGCGGGGAACUGGCAAAUAUACUUCUGCCCGUAGCGUGGCGCGCCUACUCGGUAUGCAUGUUCUCGAAAUAAAUUGUUACGACGCUGUGGGUGACAAUGAUACGCAGACCGAGGGUUUACUCCGGGCGCGGUUUGAGAAGGCCACAGACUGCUCUCCUUGCCUUCUCAUCCUACGGCAACUUGAUGGGCUGACCAGUAAUUCUCAAGGUCCUGAUUCGAAAACAGGAUCUCCAAUGAUUAAUGUGCUCCGAGAUUGCCUUGAUCUUGUGCAUCAGAGCUGGAAGAUAACGGGUUAUCCUGUUAUGAUAUGUGGUAUCACAAAUGAAUCUUCUAAGCUGCCCCCAGCAUUCGUCGCUCUUUUCAAGCAUGAAAUCACCUUCGAGGCUCCAAAUGAAGUUGAACGGUACGAGAUACUACAAUCUCAACUUGCAGGCAAAGUGGUAGCCCCCGACGUCUCUGUGUCCGCUUUGGCAACACAAACAGCAGCCUUGGUGGCUGGAGAUCUGGUAGAUCUGGUAGUACGUGCGGAAGCAGCUUCGAUCGAGCGUGCGGGCUCAAAUGGGGAUUACGAACAUGUUUCCGAUAUAAUCCAAGCAGGAGUUGCACUAUCGAAUUCAGACUUUGAAGGGGCCCUCGGGAAAGCCAGAGCAUCGUAUUCCGAAGGCAUUGGUGCGCCGAAGAUCCCUAACGUUUCUUGGGACGAUGUCGGUGGUCUGGCUCACGUCAAAUCCGAUAUUCUCGACACGAUACAAUUACCGUUGGACUACCCCGAUCUCUUCUCAGACGGGUUCAAGAAGCGAUCAGGUAUUCUUCUCUACGGACCUCCUGGAACAGGGAAAACCUUAGUGGCCAAGGCUGUAGCUACGUCCUUUGCGCUUAACUUCUUCUCCGUCAAAGGCCCUGAGCUGCUUAAUAUGUACAUCGGAGAAUCGGAGGCCAAUGUACGGCGUAUCUUCCAGCGUGCACGAGAUGCAAAGCCAUGCGUCAUAUUCUUCGACGAGCUCGAUUCGAUAGCUCCAAAGAGAGGCAAUCACGGUGACUCGGGAGGUGUCAUGGAUCGUAUCGUUAGUCAACUUUUGUCUGAACUGGACGGCAUGUCGGGAAGUGGAGGCUCGGAUGUCUUUGUCAUUGGUGCUACCAAUCGACCUGAUCUAUUAGAUGCUGCAUUACUGCGCCCUGGAAGAUUUGAUCGUAUGUUGUAUCUAGGUGUAAGCAAAACGCACGAAGAACAGCUGCACAUUCUCGAAGCACUGACAAGAAAAUUCCGCCUUCACCCCGAUUUCGAUUUGAGUGUUCUGGCUGAGCGAUGUCCCUUCAAUCUCACUGGUGCCGACUUCUAUGCACUAUGUUCCGACGCUCUUUUAAACGCCAUGACGCGCAAGGCAGAAGAAUUGGAACAGACAAUCACUCGGCUAAACAGCCAACCCGGUGUACAUCAGCAUCCAUACCCUUUGACUCCCCAAUAUUAUUUAGCGGAGGUUGCAUCUCAAGAAGAGAUCAAUGUCAUAGUAACCGAAGGCGAUUUCACGCUUGCUCUCAAUCACUUGGUUCCCAGUGUUAGUGACGCUGAAAUGAGGCAUUAUGCCAAUAUCCAGCAACAAUUUUCGCUUGACCGAUCGGCGCGACCGCAGUCGACGAACUCGGAGUAG